AUGAGCCAUGAACAGGCCUUAGGCCAAUGUCGUGAUUUCAUUGCACGAAAGUUGCCUAUGGUUGAAACUGUUAAGACUCCAUCCACGGCUGCAGCUGCCAAAGCACUGUUAGACAACCCACCUGACUGUGCAGCGAUCUGCUCCAGUAUAUGUGCCACUUUAUUCGAUGGGUUGGAAAUUCUCUUCAAUGGCAUUCAGAAUGAACGAUCAAAUUUCACUCGCUUUUUCAUAAUUGCAUACUCGCAAUUCACAGAACUACCCCCGGUCAUGACAUCAAACCGACACUUCAAGGGUUUAAUCCGCAUGUCAGUUCCACCUCCUCAAGCCGUUGAACCGGAAUCCAAUAGAGCUCGGGGUGUUGUGGAGUACCUGAAGUUACUAGACGCUUUCACAACGCGUAUAGACAGGCGUCCGGCUUUGGACACGACACCUUUCAGCAGUAUAUACUUUAUUGAAGUGCAAGGAAAUAAGGCGAACGGGACAACUUUCAACUCUUGGGCUCUUGAGUUAGAACAAGUGACAUCAAGGAUAAAUUGUGCUGGUGGUGACGCUUCGUUAUUGGGUGUGUGGUGA